AUGAUUAGAACUCUUACAUCCAAGGCUGCUGCGCAGCUAGAUCGGGACUUGAUGUCCACAGGUGCAUUCUCCAUCGAUCAAUUGAUGGAAUUAGCUGGGUUGGCUGUUGCCCAGGCAAUCUAUAAGCAAUACCCUCCUACGGAAAGCAAUGCUGCGGAUAGCCUAUUGGUUUUAGUCGGCCCAGGUAACAACGGUGGUGACGGUUUGGUUGCUUCCAGGCAUUUAAAACUCUGGGGAUAUAACCCUAUACUCUAUUAUCCUAAAAAAUCCACCAAAAACGAACUCUAUAAAAAUUUACUCACACAGCUUAAAGACUUAGGCAUUGCCGAAAUAGACGACAUCUUUAAAUUCUUAACACUGAAGGAUCUGCACCCGAGAUUGAUCCUUGACUGUUUGUUUGGAUUCUCGUUUAAGCCUCCAAUCCGUUCUCCCUUUGACGAGGUAUUAGAAUUCUUGUCGUCACAUUCGCAGGCUCUUCCUCCUAUUGUCUCGGUAGACAUUCCUUCUGGUUGGGAUGUUGACUCCGGGCCAAUAGAAGAAUGCCCUAAUAUUGAUCCGAGAAUGCUAAUUUCGCUUACAGCUCCCAAGCCGUGUUCUGAGAAAUUUGUAGGCGAUGGUAAAGUCCACUAUUUGGGUGGGAGGUUUAUAAAUAGCAAAAUCGCUAAACAGUAUGGAAUUGAGAAAAUAGUGAAGUUAUAUAAGGGCGACGAAAUGGUAGUGAAGCUAGGCUAA